AUGAUAACAAAUAUUACGCUUUCUCUCUAUCUCUUUCUCUCUUUCUCUCCCUCUGUUUCUUUCUCUCUCUAUCACUCUCUCUCUCUUUCACUCUCUCUCUCUUUCACUCUCUCUCUCUCUUUCUCUCUCUCUCUCUCUUGUCGAAUCUUAUAUGUGCGUUUUUCUGUCUCGAUAGAUAUAAAGAUUAAUCGUAUUGCGUAUCUUCGGAACUUGAAUUUAAUUCCCAAACGUUCACAAUCAUUCACAAAUACAAAUCUAUUACUCUCUUACCAUCACAACAAUAUUUCUUUCUUUCUUUCUCUCUCUUUCUUUCUCUCUCUCUCUCUCUCUCGCCCCCGUCUCAAUUUUAGAUCUCUUUUGUUGCCUCUCAUGUAUGUGUCCUGGUCGUUCUUUGUGCUGGUUUCCUUUCUCUCUCUCUUUUUGUCCAUCACUUUUUUUAAGUUUCUUCCAUUUUAUUUCUCAUACUACGCAAAUUUAAGUCUGACUUUUCUAACUCUGUUUCUGUCUGUCUAUCUCUAUAUCUAUGCCCGUCGGUUUUUUUUUGUUACUAUCUAUCUAUCUAUCUAUGUCAGUCUAUUGCUCUCUGUAUCGAUCUAUCUAUGUCUCUUGCUUAAUCUCUCUCUCUCUCUCUCUCUAUCUAUCUAUCUAUCUAUCUAUCUAUCUAUCUAUCUAUCUAUCUAUCUAUCUAUGUCAUUGUCAAUCUAUCUAUAUAUUUCGCUGUCUGUCUGUAUCGAUCUAAUCCGUCUCUUUCUCUCUAUUUGUCUCUGUCUGUCUAUCUAUCUAUCUAUCUAUCUAUCUAUCUAUCUAUCUAUCUAUCUAUCUAUCUAUCUAUCUAUCUAUCUAUCUCUGUCCGUGACUAUCUCCUGUAUCUACCUGUAUCUGUCUGUGACUGUCUCCCUCUGUAUCUAUCUAUCUCAGUCUGUGACUCUCUCUCUCUCUCUCUGUCUAUCUGUCUCAUCUGCGACUAUCUCCCUUUCUCUAUCUCUGUCUCUCUUUCUAUCUAUCUCAGUUGUGACACUCACUCUCUCUCUAUAUAUCAUAGGCAACACUAGAGGAAAACCUUUGCGCCCUUUUCUUCCUCACGUCGACGAUGACGUCACGGCACAGACGGUGUUAGUCUCGUUGUUUACACGACUAAUAUUGUGCCACAACACUCAAUCAUCGUCAAAUAGCUAUGUUCAAACACCUGAUCCUUAUCCUCUUUACCUCCAAGCUAGCUCCGCCCUCUUCCACACCAUCUCCAUUUGUCUCAAUAAACGGCUGCUUAUCUCAUUUCUAUCGCCAUCUUUACUUGCAUUUAACUCUCUGUUGGCUUCUCAAUUUUCCUGUUUUUCUCUUUUCCCCCGACACAAAAUUCAAUACAGAACACAAAUGCACCCAUGCAUCCAUCCAUCCCUACUUUCUUUCUUUCUUUCUUUCUUUCUUUCUUUCUUUCUUUCUUUCUUUCUUUCUUUCUAUUUUAAUCAAUUACUUUCUUUCUUUCUUUCUUUCUUUCUUUCUUUCUUUCUUCGUCUGUUGUUCUCUAUGAAAAAAAAAUUAAAUUUUAAAAAUUCCUUGUUUUACUUUUUCUCCUUUUCCUUCUUUCUCUUCUUUUUUCUCCUUCUCUUCUUUAAUUUUCCCUUGAUGUCUCCCUUUCCUCCUCCACCUCCCCCUCCUCCUCCUCCUUCUUCUCCUCCUCCUUCUUCUUCUUCUUCUUCUUCUUCUUCUUCUUCUUCUUCUUCUUCUUCUUCUUCUUCUUCUCGUUAUUUUCUCUCCUACACCCUCUCUCUCUCACUCUCUCUCUCACUCAGUCUCUCUCUCUCACUCUCUCUCUCACUCAGUCUCUCUCUCUCUCUCUCUCUCUCUCAUAUUUAG